AUGGAGUCAAGGACAAGCUCGUCCCACGAGAUGAGUUUCACGGUUCUAAGCUCCGCCGCACCAGUUAUGGCGCCUCGAGUAGGGACAUUAGCUCUGGCAGGGCGGCAGGCCCUUGCGACGCCGAAUCUUGUACCACUCACCUCGAGGGGUACCGUGCCACACAUUUCACAUGAUAUGGUGCGCAAAGAGACUGCAAUCAAGAAUUUUUACGUUGGCUUAGAAGACUUCAUUGAACGAAAACAUCCCGCUCCGAUAUAUAGUGUCCCCGUCAAAGCCAAUGAAUCACCACUUAAGAAAUUCAUAUGUCUCAAGAAUGACGAUAUCGUGCUCUUGGGAUCACGCCGAUUCCCUGCGAUUGCAUGUCCGCCUAAUAAUACCGAGACCUCCAUCGCGAUCUCGACAUCUGUUGGAUUCCGACAACUGGAAUCGUCAAGGUAUAUAGAGGCCAUACAGACGUUGAAGCCGGACAUUGCCAUUGGUAUGGCCGAUCUGGUCAUUGGAAGAGCCCCGGGCUUGAAAAGGCGGGGGAAGAUGGUGGAUCGCACACAUGCGUAUACUCGCGAUGCGCUGGACAAAUUGUUUGGACCAUCGGUGACGGAGGGGAAACCGCGGAGCACAAAUUACUUUGCGCCAAUUCUACCGCUGGACAAUGCGCAGCAAUCCAUUUACCUGGACGAUUUGGCAGAGGAGUUUCGAGAUCGAAUUUCAGGCCUCGCUCUUUACGAGUCUGCUUCCUUGAGCUUCAUCUCUGAGUCGUUGAGCACUCUUCCUCGAUUGUUGCUGAGCGAGCCGACAAGCCCCCAUGACGUUCUGCGGGAGAUCGCUCUGGGAGCUGAUCUCCUGACCGUCCCUUUCCUGCAGACAUGCUCGGAUGCGGGUAUUGCUCUUGAUUUCACCUUCCCAGCCCCGCCGGCGACUUUGGCUCGAAGCGAGGCACAGCCCUUGGGUUUCGACCUCUGGUCUUCAGAAAACACCAAGAAUACGUCGCCGUUGGCCGACGGAUGCGAAUGCUAUGCUUGUCGGAAGCACCAUCGAAGCUAUUUCAACCACCUUCUGCGCGCCAAAGAGAUGGCAGCGUGGGCUUUGCUGCAAAUCCAUAAUCACCACGUAAUGGAUCGCCUGUUCGCAGGUGCUCGCACAAGCAUCGAGCGCGGAACAUUUGAACAAGACGUGCAGGACUUCAACCGCGCAUAUGUCUCUGACUUGCCAGAUCGAACCGGCGAGGGUCCCCGGUUGCGUGGGUAUCAAAUGCCUGCUGCUGGUCCUAACCAGCCUCGCAGGAUGCCUAAGGUCUAUGGUCGUUUGGAUGAUCUUUCGCAGAAAUUCGCCGAGUCUGAAUCGUCCGUGGCCACGCCAGAUACGGACGCCGAUGGCCUUGAAAAACAUGGCUUCGCGGGUAAGGUAUAA